GCCAACUAACAUUAACAUUGCACCUCUCUCUCUCUCUCUCUCUCUCUCUCUCUCUCUCUCUCUCUCUCUCUCACCAACUAGAAAGAAAAGUACCUCUCUCUAACACUCCGCGAGUUGCCGGCGAGGGAAAUCUCGCCGGAAAUUCGCACUACCUCCUUUGAAAUCUUCAUAGGUGCCGAUUUCGAGCUCUCAGUCGCUGGCUUUUAAAAGUGAAUCAUAAUUUCUCUUUCUUUGUUUUCCUUUUUUUUUCCUCUUAAAAUAAUUAUCAUGAUUGGAUGGAAGAAAACAAAAAGGAAAAUAUUCUCUCUCGUGUGGUGAGCAAUAUAGCUUGCAAUGCAGGGAGAAAGAGGUUCUCUUGGGGCACAUAUGCAAAGAUCCCUUUCUCCAUUUUCUUCUUCUUUCAUUGUGCCUUAAUUUUCCCUUCAUUUUCCUCUUCCUUUCCUCGAUCUUCUACUUGAUUGUCUUUUUUACGUAACUUCUCUUUCUGGACUUCCUGAAUCACGCAAAGUUUGCUCAAUUUUAAAGAGAAAGAGAGAGAGAGAGAGCCCAUUGGUGAUGCUGUUGAUGUAGAUUUUUUUUUCUCCUCAGAAGGACAACAAACCCCGGACAAGCCAGCAAUUUGGACAAUAACCAGGUUUCUCCUAGAGUUUUUGUAUCUUUUUUGGUUGUCCAAAGCCAGACCAUGCCGUUUGAAAUCAUGGAUCAGAGGGGUGGAACUGCGUCGUCUCAUUUCUUUGAGGACAUCCGGCUGCCUAAUGAGAGACAAAUUGGGUUUUGGAAGCCGCAUUCAAUGCCUGAUCACCAAAUAGGCACAGGUGGAGUGGUACAAAUUCCUAGCAGCAAGUUGGUUGCUUCAUCACCUCUGGAAAAAGUUUCAGCAGCUGGAACACUGCCAGAGUCAAUGCUAGCCAUGGAUCGAAAGGAAAAGCUAUCAUUUGGUGAAGGAAGUGAUAAUAUUUUGAAAGCUUCAUGGAAUUCUAUGGAUCAUCAUACAAAACCAUGGUCGAGUUCGUCUGUGCAGCCUGCAUCUUAUAGCUUGGUUGGAAAUAGGCCUGGUAAUAGUGCAACUCAGUGGGAAAGCAGCCUGUUCUCAAGCUCAUUUUCUGAUGCAUUUAGUGCAAAGUUGAGUUUAUUAGAGAAUAAUGUUCGAUCAAAUCAACCUGUCAAAUCUGUUACUUCACCCCACGUGGAAGAUGAGCCUUUUGAAUCUCUUGAAGAACUUGAGGCUCAGACUAUAGGAAACCUCCUUCCUGCUGAAGAUGAUCUGUUCUCUGGAGUGACUGAUGAGUUGGGACAUAAUACUCAUGUCAAUAGUGGCGAUGAUUUGGAAGACUUUGACCUGUUUAUCACUGGUGGAGGCAUGGAAUUAGAAGGGGAUGAUAGUGUAACUGUCGGUCAAAAAAAUUCUGAUUUUGUUGGGGGAGUUAACAAUGGUCAAGUAGGUCCAAUUGUUGGUGAACAUCCUUAUGGUGAACACCCUUCUAGAACAUUAUUUGUCAGAAACAUCAAUAGCAAUGUUGAAGACACUGAGCUACAGGCUCUUUUUGAGCAAUAUGGGGAUAUUCGAACACUUUAUACAGCAUGCAAACAUCGUGGUUUUGUUAUGAUCUCUUAUUAUGACAUCAGGGCAGCUCGGAAUGCAAUGAUAUCUCUUCAGAAUAAGCCAUUGAGGCGAAGGAAACUUGACAUACAUUACUCAAUUCCAAAGGACAAUCCAUCUGAGAAAGAUAUUAACCAAGGCACUCUAGUGAUUUUCAAUCUUGAUUCUUCUGUUUCAACUGAGGAGCUACACAAAAUAUUUGGAGUUUAUGGAGAAAUUAAAGAAAUCCGUGAGAUCCCACACAAGCGCUAUCACAAAUUCAUAGAGUAUUAUGAUAUUAGAGCUGCAGAAGCAGCUCUGUCUGCAUUAAAUAGGAGUGAUAUUGCUGGGAAGCAGAUAAAGCUGGAACGGAGCCUUCUCGGGAGUACAAGACGGUAUUGUCAUUGUACUCUUCUUAUUAUUCGAAUUACCCAUUUGGUGCCAAAGCCUGAGCAGGAGCAAGAUGAACCCAGUCUUUGUCCAAGCCCUUUUGACGACUUAUCAUCUGGACGACUUGGUAGUUCAUUCUCAGCACUUUCUUCUGGAGUAAUUGCAUCUGGUUCCAUGAACAAGGGAUCAGCCCAAGUUUUACCUUCAGCUGUCCAGUCACCUGUGGGUUCAUUUAUUGAAUCUCAUCUGAGUUCUAGUGUUCCAAAUAACUUGCCUUCUCCACUGACGAUGGCAUCUAUUGGCAAACAGUUUGGACUUAAUGAAUCUAGUCACUCCAUGGAUGAAAUAAUGUUCAGUAACCAAUGCAUUCCAAGUUUCCACCCUCAUUCCUUGCCAGAGUAUCACGACAGUUUAGCCAAUGGUGUUCCAUAUAACUCUUCAACGACUAUAGGAAGCAUGGCUCAUAGUGUUGGUUCAAAAGUGACAGAAGGAAUCAACAGCAGGCAUAUUCAAGGAGUACGGUCAAAUGGGCACCUGAUGGAACAUAAUGGAGGGGUUUUUGGAUCUUCUGGAAAUGGAACUGGCUCUCUUCCAGGGCAUCUUUACAUGUGGAACAAUUCAAAUUCAGGUCAGCAACAUCAUGCAAACCAUAUGAUUUGGCCAAACUCACCAUCAUUUACCAAUGGUGUUCAUGCUCAUCACGUUCCACAUAUGGCUGGACUUCCUCGAGCAGCUCCGGUUAUGCUCAACCAGUUACCUGCACAUCAUCACAUUGGAUCUGCACCAGCUGUCAAUCCUUCCUUGUGGGACAGGCGACAAGCUUAUUCUGGGGCGUCUCCGGAAGCUUCUAGUUUCCAUUUGGGUUCUCUUGGGAGUGUGGGUUUUCCUGGUAGCUCUCCACCACAUCCUAUGGAAAUUGCAUCCCACAACAUUUUCUCUCAUGUUGGUGGAAAUUGUAUGGAUGUGACUCAAAAUGCUGGACUACGCACUGCUCAGCCAAUGUGCCACAUUUUUCCUGGGAGGAACCCGAUGAUCUCAAUGCCAUCCCCUUUUGAUUCUUCUAAUGAACGUGUCAGAAAUCUCUCACAUCGUAGAAUGGAAUCCAAUUCCAAUCAUUCAGAUAAGAAACAAUAUGAACUUGAUAUUGACCGCAUAUUGUGUGGCGAAGAUAGUCGAACCACAUUGAUGAUAAAGAACAUUCCAAACAAAUAUACUUCAAAGAUGCUAUUGGCUGCCAUUGAUGAGCACUGUCGAGGAACAUACGACUUUAUUUACUUACCAAUUGAUUUCAAGAACAAAUGCAAUGUGGGUUAUGCAUUCAUUAACAUGAUCGAUCCUCAACAAAUUAUUCCAUUCCACAAGGCAUUCAAUGGCAAAAAAUGGGAGAAGUUCAACAGUGAAAAGGUGGCAUCUCUUGCAUAUGCUCGAAUUCAGGGAAAAGCUGCUCUUAUUGCUCAUUUCCAGAACUCAAGUUUGAUGAAUGAGGAUAAACGCUGUCGCCCUAUACUCUUCCAUACUGAUGGGCCGAAUGCUGGUGAUCCGGAGCCUUUCCCCAUGGGUACCAAUAUUAGGUCAAGAUUGGGCAAACCUCGAACCAGUGGUAAUGAAGACAACCACCAUCAGGUGAACCCUUCUACUUCAGCAAAUGGAGAAGAUUCUUCCAAUGGAACAGACUCAACAUCGAGUUCCGAAUGAUCAGUAUGCUUCCUUCAAGGCACUAACUCUAAAAAUCUGUACGAAAGAGUACAGAGAACCAUAUCCACCCCAAUUCUGUAAACUAGGGGUGGCCUGACAACUCUCUUUUUUGUCUUAUAGAGAAGCACUUUUACAAAGUUCUGGAUGCCAAAGUGCACAUUCAGCGCCAAGUGGGCAACAUCAAAAUUUUCUGUUCCCAUUAAAAAAAAAAAAGUUUCUUAUCUAGGGCCAAAUAUGAGCAUAGAGAAUGGCUUAAUAAAGGCUUAAAAAUUUUGGUUAGUCUUGACUAGACAAUAUUACGAUGUACAGGAGUUUCACCCCCCACUUGUGCACAGGCUUAGGAGGGAUCUUCUGUGUUAUCGUUUUCAGUUUUGUCUGUAAUUUCAAUUUUCCCAGUGGGGGUGUUCCGGCUAAUUGUUGGUUCAGUUUUUGUUUUAAGGUCGAGUGUGUGGUUGCUCAAGGGGACUCCCAACACAUUGAUGUAUCUCGGUUUUAGAAAUUUUUUUUAAGUGUUAUUUUCUUCUGUAACCAAUGCUAUUUAAUACUUGUAAUCUCAUCUCCUGUGGUUGUCUACGGAUUUAUCAUAACAGAAUUAGUAACAUUGAUGAAUUUGAUCUUGUA